CUGUUUAAUUUCUCCUUGUCCAUGCAAGGAACAAUAAAAACUCUUGAAUCGGGUGAAACAGAAGCCAAAGACAGGUCAAAGAGCAACUGGCGCGCAUGCUUUAUACAUUUGUAGUUGAUUUUACAACAAUCAUCCUCCAAAACUGCACUUUAAAAAGUGCAAUUACUUAAGAGGAAUAAAAGGAUCCUUACACUCACAAACCCCCUUUUACAGCAGCUUAACCCUGACUUUUCCAUUUCCUGCGCAGCACUAGAUAUAAGAGGGUCAAGGGCUCAGUUAAAAUACACAGUGUAUAAUUGUUUUUUUUAUAUAGUUCGUUCCCAGCGGGACUGCUGGUGCCGGCGGGGCUCCAGACAGCACAGCACGCACACACACGGAUCACUUUCAGCCUUUGUGUGUCUAUGUGUGUGUAGGUGUGGGGUGGGGGUGAGAGGGGGGCGGAGGAACAGCGCUCAUUAAUGCUAUAAAGAGACGAUCGCUUCACACUCAGUCCACACUGCAGAGGCAUGCUUUGAUUGAACUCCAUAAAUUCUUCGUUUUUUUAAAUUGACUUCCUUUUUGCUGAAAAAACUACACACAUGGUGGUCUUGAGUUUUGCUGUGUGAUUUUGUGGACGAAAAAGUCCAACAUCGGCUCUAAGCUCGGUCACGCACAUGCGCUUCAUUUUUAAAUUUUUUAUUUUUUUUUUUGCGCACAAGGAUGCUGCUGCUGGUGCGCACUUGGAAUAGAAGCUGCCUUCUGCUGCUCCUCUUUGCCACCGCGACGAGGUGCCAAGUACCGGAGGGUCGACCCAAGGCCAACUCCAUCAAGCCGGCUCUUCUUGAGGGUGCUGCGGCUGCGGCUGCGGCGGAGGAGGCGGAACAGGCGCCCACCGCCGCCUCCAACCGCUCGGCGACAGCGCGCGCAAGCCCCGUCAAUAAGUUCAACAUCUUUGCGCAGGUGUAUCCGUGCAGCAAUGACAAGGAGUGCAGCGUGGGAAGUUAUUGCCACAGCCCCCAGCAGGCGCCAUUGCGCUGCCUCGCCUGCCGCAGGAGGAAGAAGCGCUGCCACCGGGACGCCAUGUGCUGCCCCGGCAACCGCUGCCAUAACUAUAUUUGCAUGGCGAUUUCCGACAGUGUGAUCUCGCCUCACAUCUCCGCCUUGGACGAACACAACAAGUUCUCUGCCAAAGACCCCAACUGGAGGAAAAGCACCGGGAAAACACACACCAAGCAUUCUCUUAAAGGUCACGAGGGUGACCCGUGCUUGCGUACGUCCGACUGCUCUGAGGGCUACUGCUGCGCCCGGCACUUCUGGACCAAAAUCUGCAAGCCGGUACUGCGACUGGGCGAGGUGUGCACCAAACAGAGGAAGAAAGGCUCGCACAGCCUGGAGAUCUUCCAGCGCUGCGAUUGCGCCAAGGGCCUCUCGUGCAAGGUGUGGAAAGACAGCACCUCGUCGUCCAAGUCCAGACUGCACAUGUGCCAGAAGAUCUGAAGGAGGAGGCGGCAAUGCCGUUAGUGGGCAAUCCGAUCUGCCCAUGGAACGUAGUUUUUUAUGUAGGGAUGGAGUAAAAAGACACGACUGCGUGGGUGUUACUUCACGUUGAUGACAUUCAGGGACGGAGGGACUCCAGGCGGAGAUAUUCACACAGAAGCCGUAUUAUUAUCGCUAAUAUGACUGCCCAGUGCAUUCCUCAACACGCUGCAAAGUCCAUUUGCUCUAAAGUCCUCCUGGUUUUCCUGUGCCAGAACCUUUCCAUGAUGACAAAUUCGUAAAAGCCGUAUGCCAGUCGCUAUGAGUUAGCGACUGCAAACAGUUUCUAAAAUAUUGGACUUUUAGCAGAACAGAAAAGCAAUUACACCAUGAAAUGGUAAGAAAAAUGUUAUCGUAACAAUCAUUUGGAAUUUUAAACAGUAAUAGCGGUUAGAUAUAAUAGUAAUACCGAUGCUCAAUAUGGUCAUAAUGAUAAUUACAUUUUCUUUAAACGGACAUACAGACACUAAUACAGUAACCUUGUGCUCGGUAGUGUCACUAGUGAGUUGGAGCCAAUCCCAGCUGAUUUUGGAAGAGAGAACACCCUGGACCUGUCGCCAGUCAAUUGCAGGGCACAUACAGACAUACCUGUACAACCAUAUCAACGCACAUUCACACUGACAAUCACACCUAUCGACAAUUUAGAGGCAGUUGCUAAGAAGGAUGUUUUUGGGAAGAUCGGUUCCACUGUUGUUUCAAAACCAAAUCCAUCCUGACUGUGAGGCAGAUGUGCUAAACACCAUUCCACCAUCAGGCCAAUGCUAACACUAACCGUCUGAAAGAUUAUCACAGUUCAUUAGUUUAAAAGUAAUCCGUAUAAUCCCUAAUGCUAUUGGAUGACCAAAUUAAACCAUCAACUCUAAUGUUCGCCUACCCCAUUGCCGUGCCAUAGUUCUGGACAAUCCAAUAUUCUACUCCGCAGUCUCCACUUUUCUGCAGUGUUCAAGUUUCCUUGCCACCCUCAGUCUCCUUUCAGAUAUAUUCCAAGAAAUUAAUAUAGGAAUGACAAGAAAUAAACACACAUGCUAAUGUUAGCGUAGUCCUUUGCUGCACUAUGCUCCUAGUGCAGCAACCGCGCUAGUUUCCUUGUCACCCUCGGAUAAAAUUUCUCUUUUAAAUACAGGAGAGACUCGUUCUUCUCCAUUGUUGUUUUUUGUUAGAGUGUCUGACUAUUAUGCCUUCAUGCGUGAUUUUUGUAAUUUUCCACGGUACUACUAUUUUGAAGUGGACCAUCCCAAUCGAACCAAGCUGUGCAGUGGAAAAGUGGCAGAAAUAUACAGAUUUCAUUCCUACACUACUCCUAGCCACUCUUGGUCAUAUGUGCAUAGGGAUAUGAUUACUAUUAUAUGAUGUGAUACGCUAAUCAUAAUUAUAAUCCUCCGUUUAUUUAUUUCACUGGUAUUUCAGCUCAGCAACAAGAAAUUCCCAGUUAAAAAUCUCGGAAACGUCACUUAAAAACUCUUAACCAAAGAAAAACAAGUCAUCUAUUAGCCGUAAGUAUUCCGUCCAUUGUUCAGGUAAUUUCUAAAUGUAAUUUAGUAAUUAAAAUUGUUGUGUCUACUUCUCCAGUUAUUACAAGGGGUAAUGUUUCCAAAGCCAGCUGGGUCAAAUUAUGCCAGAACAUUGUUUACAAUGACUGCAAAACUGUGCAUUAGUGUGUUUUUUUGUAGCUACCAGUGUCUAUUUUUAAAAGCAGUAGUCCACAUAUUAUCUUUUCUCCCUGUAUUCUACUAUUUUAUUUGUAACCAUUUCAAAACAUAGAUGAGCUUAUUUUGUAAAUAGAAUGGAGGCGACGAAGUAUUUAAGAAACAGUGUAUAUCAUGUACAUAUAAUGAGAUUUAAAGCCUAAAUGGUACAGCCAAAUAAUCAAGGUGAGAAGAGUGAAGGGAAGAAAUGGUAGCCAUACAGUAGUAGAUAUCUGAGAGGGAUUAUGCAUCAUAAGGAAAGUUUCUGCAACACAAAUACAUUGUGUAAAUGAUAUGUAUAUGAUGUUAAGAUUUAUAUCCAACUAAAUAUUGUUUUCUGUGAAUAAGUGCUAUAUAUUUGUUUUGCAUAUUUACAAUGAUUAACAAAUUAAAGAAUGUAUUUUGUA